AUGCCCGUUGACCUUUGUGACGAAACAAUUCAAGACUUUAUCGACAUUUGGGAGAAUAUGGAGCUUGACCUAUCACUCGUUUCAAUGUCUCCAGAUAUUCCUCCGGCAUCCCGAUCAAAGGGCGGUGACCUCUAUAGGGGGGUUCCAAAGGUUAAAUUCUCGACGCAGGAGUUAGGAAUGAAUGUGGGAUGGGAGAGGGGUAAAAAGGAGGAGCCAGCGCUUUAUUUGCAGCUUCAGACGUCUUUCAGAAGACAAGAUGUGAGGGGGGAUGAAAGGUGGUCAACCCAGGGAAAUGAUGAAGGUUCUUCAUUAUACUCACUUACGUCGGUCUCUUCGGACGACUCGGAAACAAUGGUUCUGACGCCAUAUAUCGUGUCAUCCCCAACUUCGUCGGGCUUGGGAGCUUGCCAAAGCUUGUCUUUCGGGGGGGAGGGGAGCUUGAGCUCCUCCGCUAGCACUACGCCUGACUAUGAAUUAUCUCCUGUUAACCUCUCACCAGUGCCGGAAGCACUACACCCUCCUCACCUAUUUCGGGAUUUCGGGAACACUUCGGCUCCUGCACUCGUGACCCAGGAAUCUCUUUUGUAUCCGGCAGUGACGAGGGCCCCACCUGGCCCUACAACCCCAUUCCAGUUGGCCAGUGUGCCAGAGAUAGCCCAUCAAAGAUCACAUUCGAGUGCCGGCACGACAGGUCACCCGUCGCCGUGGGAUUCAUACUUUGAAAAUCCCCGAGCACGACCCGUCACCCCCGCGCGAAAGGCGGUCUCAACACCGAGCUCUCCGGUCAGGCUGCGGGCGGCUUGGUCUCUAGUCACAAACUCCCUCACAACGGGAGUAGGUGGAUCGCCAACCUCGCCCCCGCCACGCUCCCGGGGAUCGACGAGCACACCGUGUGUGCCAGUGUUAGCACGGAGAGCGGCGAAAAUUCUCGGGGUUGGCUCCCCGCCUACGUCGACCCUCCCCCAUGGUCUAAGGUCUUACUCUAGCAAUCUUUCCACUGCGUCAUCCUCACCCACACUUCUCUCAAGAGGGCACUCCUCCACUGCCUCCUCUUCCUGCUCCUCCCGCUCCUCAGCUUCAACACCGAGGAGUCCAGUCGCAUACGACCCAACACUGGACUGCGCAACACUAACCACCGCCCUAAACCAAUACACCAAAACCCGCAAAAUCCCAUACCUGCUGAACAAGACCGCUGCAAAGAUAGCUCUUCAACCCUCUAACCUGCCGGACCUCGACCGAGCCUUCUCAUCCCUCCCGAGCAACCAGGGUAUAUGCCUCAGCACUAAAAUCCGCACCCAGACCACGGGCCCGCACAGACUCCUCCUCCUGAAACUACUCUCUGGCCCUCACCGCGGGGAGGCGGAAUGGCUAAGCACGUACUGCUGCCCCCUCGGUCCCCGCCACACACGCACACAAAUCCCACCUGACGACAAACUAUUAGCGGAGAUCAUCUUUGGCAAAUCCCCGCGCGAACUCCGGCUUCUCAAGGACACCUUCGCCGAACUGAACAACGGUUGGAACAUCCGCGAUGCCUUGGCGGAACUAUACCCCGUCGGAACCACCGGCGCCGCCUUCGGCCGCGCGGCGAGUCGACUGAUGAAGUGCGAUCGCGACGAGGAGGACGAGAUCCUCGGGGCCAAAAGGGGAGAGGAGAUCGUGGCACAUGUGGAGGACCUGUAUGCCGUUGGGGAAGGGGGUGGUGGGGUCAAGUAUCUCGAUCAACGACUCCUGCUGGAAGUUGUGAUCCGCAGGAGCGAUGGCUUCUUGAGGGAUUUGUGUAGCAGGUUUAGGGAGAGGCAUGCGCGCGAGCUCGUGGACGUUGUGGCGGCAAGGGAGAGGGUGGUCGUGGGAAAGGGGGGAGCUUGGCCGAAUAAUUUGGUACGCCUGCUUAUUUUUUUUGCUUUUACAAGUGCUUUUUUGUUAACUGGAGCAGGAGUACGCUAUUAUUCACGCACUUAG